AUGUCUUUCUAUCCAGGCUCUGGCGGCUACGGUGCGCAACAACACGGUGGUUAUGGUUACCCUCCUCAGUCACACUCACCACAGCCAUAUCCUGCCCAGGGCUAUCCUCAAGGCUAUCCUCCUCAGUCACAUUCUCCUCAGCCAUAUCCUGCUCAAGGUUACGGAGCUCCUGGUGGUUACGGUCAACCCCCGCCACAGGUGGCCCCUUACGGCUACAACAAUCCUCCUCCACCACAGCAAGGCGGAUAUGGCGGGUAUGGAUCUCCUCCUCCUCAGCCAGACGGCUAUCCAGGUAUGUUUGCUUCAUGUCCGAAGGUGAAGCCACAUCGCUUACCUUGUGCAGGUCCUCGACCGGGCAUGCCUUCUUAUGCCAACAACUCUUACUCGCAAGGCAACCACCAAGCCCCUCCUCCACCUCCUACGGCACCGCAACAGUUUGGUCACGGAGCCCCUCCUGGCUAUAGCUUCCAGUACUCCAACUGCACCGGAAAACGCAAGGCGCUGCUGAUAGGCAUCAAUUACUUUGGUCAGAGAGGCCAACUCCGAGGAUGCAUCAACGAUGUCAAGAACAUGUCCACCUAUUUGAAUCAGAACUUUGGCUAUGCCAGAGAAGACAUGGUCAUCUUAACUGAUGAUCAGCAGAACCCAAUGUCACAGCCUACCAAAGCCAACAUACUCCGAGCCAUGCACUGGUUGGUGAAGGACGCUCGGCCCAACGACUCGUUGUUUUUUCACUACAGCGGCCAUGGCGGCCAGACACCCGACCUGGACGGAGAUGAAGAGGACGGCUAUGACGAGGUGAUCUAUCCCGUGGAUUUCCGGACGGCAGGUCAUAUCGUCGACGACGAAAUGCAUCGUAUCAUGGUCAAACCCUUACAGCCCGGUGUCCGACUCACCGCCAUUUUUGACUCGUGUCAUUCCGGGUCCGCCCUCGAUCUUCCAUAUAUCUAUUCGACCCAAGGAGUCCUCAAAGAACCCAACCUGGCCAAGGAAGCAGGUCAAGGCCUUUUGUCGAUUGUUUCAUCAUAUGCUCGUGGUGAUUUGAGCGGGAUGGCCUCGUCGGCGAUGGGGUUAUUCAAGAGGGCUGCCAAUGGAAAUGCCACGUACGAACGAAACAAGCAGACCAAGACCAGCCCUGCCGACGUGAUCAUGUGGUCUGGCAGCAAAGACGAACAGACCAGCCAGGAUGCCAACAUUGGAGGCGAAGCCACGGGAGCCAUGAGUUGGGCUUUUGUGACGGCGCUGAAGAAGAAUCCGCACCAGAGCUAUGUGCAACUGUUAAACAGCAUCCGAGACGAACUGGCUACAAAAUAUACGCAGAAGCCCCAGCUGAGUUGUUCACACCCACUGAACACCGACCUACUCUAUGUGAUGUAA